AUGAGCCGGGGCCGGAGGCAGAGUCGGGGCUGCGGGGCCCGGGGAGAACUGCAUGGCUCGCCGAAGAAGGAGAAGCGGCUGCUAAUCCACCAGGCCCUCACGAGAGACCCUGUGGAUGUGGAGAGCCUCCAGGCGGCGGCGUUCAGCCCGGGGGGGCUGCUGACGGACGAGAUCCGCAGGCAGGUCUGGCCCAAACUGCUUGGCGUGAAUGUGUACAGCCUCCCGGCGAAGCCAGGGCGGGAAGUGCGCCAGAACCACAAGGAUUAUAACCAGGUCCUCCUGGAUGUGCAUCGCUCCUCACGUCGCUUCCCCCCAGGGAUGCGUGCAGAGCAGCGGCAGAUUCUGCAGGAGCAGUUGAUUGACGUCAUCCUGCAUGUCCUGAAGGCCCAUCCGGAGCUGCACUAUUACCAAGGGUACCAUGACAUCGCUGUGACGCUGCUGCUGGUGUCCGGUGAGCGCAUGGCCAUGGCUUUGCUGGAGAGGCUCUCGACGCUCCACCUCAGGGACUUCAUGGACCCCACCAUGGACAGUACCAAGCACAUCCUCAACUACCUGAUGCCCAUCCUGCAACAGGAGAGCCCUCGGCUCCAUGCCUUCAUGCUGAGAGUCGAGGUGGGGACGAUCUUUGCCCUGAGCUGGCUGAUCACCUGGUACGGCCACGUCCUGUCCAACUUCCACCACGUCCUGCGCCUCUACGAUUUCUUCCUGGCCUCCCACCCGCUCAUGGCUGUCUACUUUGCUGCUGCGAUCGUCCUGUACCGGGAAGAGGAGGUGCUGUCCUGUGAUUGCGACAUGCCCAGCGUCCAUCAGCUCCUGUCCCACAUCCCUCCAGAUCUGCCUUACGAGACCCUCGUCGUCCGAGCCCACCUGCUCUUCCGGCGGCUGCCCCACACCGAGCUGGUCAAACAGGCAGCUCUUCAGCUCCACAAGAGCAUCGCCAUCGGCUCUUUCUUGGAGUUCCAGCAGAGCGCCUCCUGCCAGCGCCCGGACGCCAUCCUUCUUCGGCAGCAGCGGGAGCUCUCGACACCCAGCGGGACAGAGGCGGGCCUGCUCCUUCCCCCGGCAGAACACAGCCCCCUGGUGAAGGCAGCUGUCUGGGGGAUCACAGCCACCCUGGGGGCAGCAGCGCUGGCCGUCACGCAGACUGCCUUGGAGUGGGCCCCUGAGUUCCUCCAGCAGCUCUUCUAGUGACAGUGGGGCGAGAUUCCUGCAGU